GUUGUGAUUGUUUGUUUAUUCCCAGUGUGAUCAUUGCUCCAUAAAGGUAAGUAAUAAUUUGCCAAAAGAAACCUACGUUGCUAAAAAUAAACUAUAUCGCUUGAAUUUAUCAAUUCCCUGUCACUGAGUAUUGACUAUUAGUUUGGCGUGUGUGCCAUCAUGCACACAUCUCGUCCUGCAGAGACAUGUUUCACCUUUCUAAAGAUGAAACAUUCAAGUAUGUAUUCGUGACUGUGAUGACAACUUUUAAAGAAACAAUUGAAUACAUAGAUUUAACCAGGGCUAAAAGCGAAGCUUCCGUUUAUUUACUUCUAAUAAUAAAAGCAAAAAUUAUUUUAAACUUAUUAACUUAAAGCCAUAACAAAGAAGUCAAAGAAAUACAGUCAGAAAUACGGACACCAAAGGGACAGAACCAAGUGUCCGCUUUACAGAGGUGUCCGUAUUAUAGAUGUAGGGAAUGUAUGAUUUUUGGUAUUUGUGGGACCAAACAAACUGUCCGUAAUAGAGAGGUGUCCGUAAGGAGAGGUUAGACUGUAUUCAAAUCUCUACUUGGUAUUGUGGCUGCAUAAUCCGUUUGAGAGGGGAAAUUUAUGGCGUCCGAGAAGAGCAAGAAUGCUUUGACCCUAUUCAAUAACAAUCUUGCUUCCCAUUCUUCAUUCUCUCAAGGCUAAACUAAUAUUGCCUGUAACACCAAGUUUCCUUGUUUAGUUCGACAAUUAACAACAUUUUGCAGUGAUGAGAAAUAAAAAAGCAAAUAAACUAGAAUCUUUUAUUUGUCUGGAUCAUUUUAUGUCACAACAAGUGCUGGAGCCUACUCGCGGAAAAAAAACAUCUUAGAUCUCGUGAUAACAACGAACGAGGGGUUGAUAAGGAAUCUACAAGUUGGUGGACCAUUCUCCUAUCACACUAACUCCAUUGCUUUUGAAGUUACGUCGUCAUCUUCUAAAAAUCCGUCGCAUAAGAAGGUUUACAAAUUUAUGAAGGCGAAUUUGGAUAGGCUAAAUGAACUGUUUAAUUUUGUACCGUGGACCUGUGCUUUCCUGACUGAUGAUGUCUAGGAAAACUGGCUAAUGCUUAAAGAUUUACUCUUCACAGCAGUUGAGACCUGUAUACUAACCAAAUCGCCAAGGAAAAUGAAAAACGCACCGUGGCUGACCCCGAAUGUAUUAAAGUUGAUAGGCAGAAAAGAAUUGUUUACAAGAGAGCCAAGGUAUCAAAUUCUGACAAUCUUUGGACGCGUUACCGAAAUUUGAAUAACAGAACAAAGAGGGCUUGCAAUCAAGCGCGCUGGAAAUAUCUUGAACAAUUAAGUGUCAAAACUGCUAACGAAGGCGAUAGCAAAUUGUUUUGGAACUAUGUUCGCUCGCGUCGGAAUGGAACAAACAACCUUGUGAUCACUUAAAGUAGAUACAGAUACUCUGAUCGAUCACAAAGACAUUGUGGACAGUUUCAAUCACUAUUUCGCCUCUGUUUUUACAUCAGAAAACUUGACUCAUAUUCCAAACUUCCCGCAAGUUGUCAGAACUGAAAAUCUCACAUAGGCAUCAACUACUCUCAGUGUUGUUGGAAAGCUAUUGCGGGAAUUAAAUGCCAAUAAAAAUUGCGGCCCCGAUGACCAUUAUCCAAGGAUUUUGAAACAUUGUAGGAAUUCACUAGCAUCGCCCUUGUGCACCCUGUUUAAUACUUCAUUUAAAUGCGAUGAAAUUCCCGAUGAUUGCAAAAUAGCAAAUGUUAUUCCGCUAUACAAGAAAGGAGCCAAAGACAAAGUAGAAAACUACAGACCUCUUUCUCUAACCUCAAUUGAAAGUAAAAUCUGCGAGAAGAUUGUCAGGAAGUCGAUUGUAAACUUCUGGACGGAUCAUCAAGUCUUCAUAGGCGAGCAAUUUGGUUUCAUGAAAAAAAGUUGUUGUCCAUCGCAAUUGCUCGAUACUUUUCAUUCAUGGGCCAAAGCAAGAAAUGACUCGCAUAAAGUAGAUGUAAUCUUACUAGAUUUUACAAAAGCAUUUGACUCUCUUCCUCAUCAGCGUCUCCUGGCGAACUUGAAGGGAUAUGGAAUUGGUGGAAAUCUCCUUAAUUGGCUAACCUACUUUAUCGUUGGUAGAAAACAAAGAGUGUCAUUCAGUGGGCACUUUUCUCCUUGGACGAUGGUCACCUCUAGUGUUCCCCAAGGUAGUGUACUCGGGCCAUUCCUGUUCCUUGCCUAUAUUAACGAUAUUACAGCUGGCGUAAGGUCGAGCAUGCGCCUGUUUGCAGAUGACAGCAAGGUUUACAGGAUUGUUUACGAUGAAAACGACGAGAAACAACUUCAAUGUGACCUCAACACGCUACAGAAAUGGAGUGAAAAUUGGCAACUUCGUUUUCACCCUGACAAAUGUGAGGUUCUACGUGUUACCCAUACGAGAGAUCAUGUUAGCUAUCCUUACAAGCUCUCUGGUUGUACUCUUCAGUGUGUCACCGAAACGGUUGAUUUGGGGGGUCUCAUUGACUUCUAAUCUAUCCUGGAACCGACCCAAAGAAAGUUGUAAAUCAAGCCAACAAGAUUGUGGGUUUCCUUAAAAGGAAUGUUGGUCCAGGUAACAGGAAGUCUUUUCUCGUCUGUACAAGGCCUUAGUUAUACCCAUUCUGGAAUAUGCUGUCCCUCUCUGGUCACCCUAUUUACAGAAGAACAUUGACGCUCUUGAACGAGUCCAACGUAGGGCCUCGAAAUACGCUCUCCCGAUAUCAUCUAGGGACCCUCCGAACGACGAAAGACUAGCAAUGCUUGGGUGGUCCAGUCUUCAAUCAAGGAGGUCUUAUCUAUCUUUGCUAGAGUGCUACAAGACUAUUCAUGGUCUUAAUGGCCUUACCUGCAAUGAUUAUUUUGAAUUUAAUUGUUAUGGUAAAACAAGGUCAAACCAUUCAUUUAAAUUAAGACAGCUAUUAGCUAGAGUAAAUUGUUUUCUGCACUCAUUCUUUGUUAGAAUUAUCAAACGCUCUUCCUAAAGAGAUAGUGCAGGAACAGGAUUUCAGCAUUUUUCGAAGUAAACUUAGAAAGUAUUGUGAAAUUUUGUAAUUUUAUUUUAGCCAUUUCUUAAUUGUUCUUAAAUUUUACAUUGUUGUAUGUUUAUUUUAUACUUUAUGUAGGGAGCGUCCUCGAUAGGGAUAACCUGUGGCGUUUCCUUUUAUGUAUUCUUACAUAAUAAAUACUUCAUUUGAUCUAUUUUAUGUAUUAAUAACUCUGUCAGGAUUCACGAACCACAGUUCUACCCUUUUAGUGUAGCAUUGGAGGCAAUGAAAAGGAGUCUUGGCAAACAUAACUAAUUUAAUACACCUUUAAAAUGGCGCCUUUCACCAAAUGGGAAACCUCAAGUCGCUUUGUCGUCAUGCUUAAUCAGUUUUCCUUUACCAAUUGCUGCACUGAGCACACGUUCGGGCCCAAAUAAGGAUAUACCAUAUGUGGGCAUACACCCCAUUCCACACUAAUUAAGGAAAUCUACACAGAUUAUAGUUUAAAGAAAAUAAGAUAUAAAAAAGGCUUCGUAAUGUUCUCCACCAAGAAUCAAAAUUCAGAGUAUAGAAACUUGAAAAAAUAAACAGGUAUCUAAAAAGUCAAAGGCUAAACAUCAAUUAUACUCCUUUAUGCAUUUGGGAGCUUGUCUUUUUUCAUAAUGAACAUGAUGCCCACGUAUCGAUGUUACUAAAAUUUGGAACGGGGAUCGGAGAACGGGCACGGAGAACGGGAAAGAAAAAUGAGAACAAAACCGAACUUGAACCCUAGCCCUAUUUAUUAUUAACCUUAUUCCCAGUUCUCUCAUUUGUUCCCAUUUUUUAAUUUCCCGUUCUCUGUGCUCGUUCCCCGCUCCCCGCUACAUGUUUUAGUAUCAUUCGGUGUCUUUGCAGGUGGUACCGUACACCUUGCUUGCGUAUUCUCUUUGGCACUUUGACUGGUAACUGACGGGAGUAGGGUCUCUGUUUGAUGCUUGACCAAUGUUCCUCAUUUUGCUUUGGCGCCUUUGAAAUUUCAAAAACACUUCACUAUCAUUCUUUUCUAACACUCCCUGUGGCACGCACUAUUUUUCUUUAGUUUUGUCGUAACGGGACAGUGUCUUCCUAUCCUAUACUCGUACAUGCAUGCCUCCUUGAAUCUUCAUAUUCUUUGUCUCUUAGCUUUGCUCGUGUGUAUAUUUCCCGCAGGUGUCUGUGCUCACCUUUAAGCUGAGCGUCUUCCUCAUUCAUCCCUAUUUUUUUUUUAAGGUAACUUGCCGAGGUGUGAUGGCGUCUGAGGGACUGGACUGUCCUAUCUGCUGCGAACGUUUUGAUGAGGAAAAACUCUGCCCUCGUUUGCUAAGUUGUGGUCACAGCUUCUGCUCAAAUUGCUUGGAGAAGCUGUUCAAGGAGUACGCAAUUAGCUGCCCAACUUGCAGGUGUGUAGCUUCUGUGCAAGCCGGUGUUACUGGGCUUCCAAAGAAUUUUGCCCUACUAGAUGUCUUACAAGCCAUCCCGCUGACAACAGCAGAUGGAAAUGCAGAUUUGCGCCUUUGUGAAGUUUGUGAUGAUGAGAAGCAUCGUGCGACAUCCUGUUGCUUGGAUUGCAAAGAAGAUAUGUGCAAGGAUGUAGCUCGAUGGCAUACUCGACAGAAGGCAACCCGCGAUCACCGUGUUGUAUCCCUAGAGAAACUAAAGGCAAACCCAAAGCUUGCAGCUGUGCCGAUUUUCUGCCCAGAGCACAAUGAGCAAUACCACUUCUUUGAUGAAGAAUGCAAUCAUGUCGUUUGUAGGGACUGCGUUACUCUCAACCAUAAUGGUCACAAGCUUUUAUCACUAGCUGAUGCUGCUUCAAAUUGCCGACAGCAAAUGGAAGCAAUUGCUACCAAAGCCAGCAACCAUGCAGAGGUAAUUAAAGCUGCAGAGGCUCGAGUGGCGGCUGUAAGUCGGGACCUGAAUAAGGCAUACGAGGAGCAAAUGGUUCAAAUUAAAGGCAGCUUCAAAAAGGUGAGUUAAUAUUCGUAUUUGAUUACUAUUUUUUAUUUGACACAAAUAGGCCACGAAUUCCCUACCUUUUUCAAACUGGGCCCCUAAGAAGUUCUCUAAAGGCGCUCAAAAUUCACUUUGUGAUAGCACACACCCGCGUAGCUUAUAUACGGUAAUACGCGGUAGUACUGCUGUCAGUGCAAGAGAUGCUUUUAAUUCUAACGACGUGCAGAAGUUGAUUCCUCUGAUUACUGUUGAAACGACUCGGCGUCCACUGUUUUAGACUAUACUUGUGUUUAAUGCAAGUGGCUUUUUCUUAUUUUGCAGCUACAUGCUGCACUAAAUGACAGAGAAAGCGUUUUGUUGAGAGAAUUGGAGCAGCUGUACAAGACCAAAGCAUUCGCUCUCACAGAUCAACGAGACCGUCUGCACAUAUUUCAAGCCUGCCUAGAGAGUGCCGCCCAUCGUACCAUGUGCACAGUGCAAUUAGGCAACGUUCACGUGCUUGUGGCCAGAAAUGAUAUAGUACCAACGCUAAAAGAAAUAGAGAACCAGCCCCUCGUGUUUGAGCCACAAGCAGACUGCGUUUUAGAGUUCAACGUCAACCUUGAGCAGCUGCUGGAAUUGCUCAAUGACACGGGUAUGGUCAGUGAUAAAACUACCAGUUCAGUCACCACCACUGCUGAAGGCUCAGGCUUGAAUCUAGCAAUACCCGAGAGAAAGACUUCAUUCACUAUUACUGCACGUGACGCGCAAGGACGUCUCCGUGGCGAGGGAGGUGACAUGUUCAUGGUGGAACUUACAGAAAAUGAGGGGGAAAAGGUUGAGUGUAAUGUGGAGGACAAAGGCGACGGUAUCUACAUUGCAACAUACACCUGCCCUGCUAAUUCUAAGGGUAAUCACGAGGUUUCAGUGCUUUUACGUGGAAUCCACAUUAAUGGCAGUCCUUUUUCUGUCAAUGUUACUGAUGCUCCAGUGGGUAAAGUGAGCUGUUACGGCUGCAAGACGCGAACAAAGUCCAUGAUUUACUACAAAAAUAACAUUGAGCCGUUUCGGAAUGAUGACUACCGCGUUAAUGGAUAUAGUGCCGUUUGUACCCGCUGCAUUUACCGUGCGUCUCCUUACUGGAUCAAAUGUUGUGGUCCAUGUUAAAUAAAACUCAACACAUAGACGUCCGUUCUGAGAGGAAGCUGUGGCCACAUCUUCAAACGUUCUUAUUCAGGAAUGAUUCAUGUCACGUACGUUUAUUUGAUUGAGCCCAUGAUCUCGAGUAUUGAAAGUCCUGUUAUAUCGAGUCAUUUUAAUAGACGUAGUCUAUAAUCAGGGGCACCCAACGGCAAUUUUCGGGAAAAUAUCUGUUCGGAAGACGAUUUGAGAACUAGAAUUUUCGGAACAUUUGUUGUAAAAUUUCUUGCUUGCCUGUCUCUCCUAGGAUUUUCGAACAUCUACAAAAUGGUAUAAUUACCCAUUUUAAAUGGAUAUUUACCCUAAAAAAGGCCACGUAGAACUUUCGGGAGCCUUUUCCUGGCUGAGAUUUUCGCAAAGGUAAGUUUUGAUCCCUAUAAUUUUCGGAUCACUAGACUUUCAGCUAGGAAAUCCGAACAGAUGAAAAGUUUUUAGGGGAUAAAAAUAUGCCUAUAUCUACCGUUUAAAUACUAAAAUACGUUCAACAAUGCUAUGUUAAGUGGUUUUGGACUACAUCCUCGUUGGGUGCCCCAUAUAAUUAGAAAAAAAUAGCAUUCAUUCGCGAAGUUGUCUAUAGUUAAGUUAUCCGUAUGUAUCGGUGUGAAGAGAAGACGAAACAGUCUUUGAUUUCUGGUUUGGUCCCUGAAGUUUUAAACAAUCCAGUAUUUUCUGAUUUCUCUUGCUAUUAGGAAUGAAUAAUUAUUGAAUCAUACGUUGGAAAUAUAAUGACUACUGUAUUUUUUACAGACUUAUCGUACAAUUUGUCAGCAAUUUUCUGACACCUAUUUUAAACACGUUUUGAAGUUUUAGUAUAUUGUAAAAGAGGGAAACUAGGCCUUGUAAAUGACCACAAUGGAUUCGACAAGUUUUUUUCCUGGUUAUCUUAUUUUUUUACAAUUUGUAUUACAAUUGCUUUUAAUUGGGAUAAACACACAAUCAAUUAAUCAAUGACUAGAAAUACGUAUCUCGCAAUAACCCUCACGUAAGAAGUUUUUUUAGUAACGCCACUAAAUUUAAUCCUCGUCGGGAACAGCUUGUUUUAUUAUUUGUGAAUUUUGUUCGUUUGUUUACGGCAGUAAACCGUGAAGCCAUUUUGCUCGUAACUCACGCGAGUUUGGCGCCGCUCGCUCGGAGGAACUGGAGGUGUAACAGUGAAUAGCACUGGAUAUCCGGAGUUUGAGUAGCCAAUUAGAGCGCUCGAAAACAUUAUC